AUGCCUCCUGAAAAUACAAAACCUGUUCCUCAACAUAUUCUUGAUGCUAAUCCUGCUCCUAAAAAUCCUGAAAAUGAAACACCAUAUGAAAAAACAAAUCGAUUAGCACGUAUUCAAUAUGCUACUAAUAAAUAUUAUGAAUUAAAUUCACAUUUAAUUCAAGAAGAAUCUCAAGCAAAUAAUGAACAAUCUGAUAAUGAAUUGAAUGAAUUUGAUAAUGAAGAAUUUGAUCCUAAUCAAAUUUCAAUUAUCGAGCAACAACAAAAGACAUUUCUUUCAGCCAGGGGUCUAAAAAUGUUGCGAGAAGGCAAAUUUGCGAUGGGCGAUCCCAAUAUUCAAAAAGAUAUGUCGCUUUUAUUUUCAUCAUCUGACGACUUAGACUCCAAAUCAAAAUUAGAUGUUUCUUGGAGAACUAAA